UCACGCGUGUCCAUGAAUGCAUCUUUUCUACCCGCAGAUUUCUAUAUCGUUUCUACAGGAAGUGACGUCACUCGUUGCGUCGAGUCUUCCUUGUGUCGUGUGGUAGCAGCAACCGAGGCCAUCAAAGAUGACUACAGCUGCAAGACCAACAUUUGAGCCCGCGAGAGGAGGGAGAGGUAAAGGAGAAGGAGGAGGGGAUUUGAGUGCCCUGUCUAAGCAGUACUCCAGUCGAGAUCUUCCAGGUCACACCAAGAUCAAGUACAGGCAACCUACCCAGGAUGCCCCAGAGGAGGUGCGUGCCCGUGAUUUCCGCAGGGAGCUCGAAGAGCGGGAACGUGUAGCUGUGCGUGAAAAGACAAGAGAAAGGGGACCAAGAGAGCACACUACAUCCUCAUCCUCAUCUUCGUCAUCAUCUUCAAAGAGGCCCAGACUCGACCAGAUACCAGCAGCCAAUCUUGAUGCUGACGACCCUCUCACUGAUGAUGAUGAGGACGAGGACUCUGAGGAGGACAGUGAUGAUGACGACACUGCAGCUCUUCUCGCAGAACUUGAGAAGAUCAAGAAGGAGCGGGCUGAAGAGCAAGAACGCAAAGAGCGGGAGCAAAAGGCAGAGGAGGAGAGGAUUCGCAUGGAGAAUAUCUUGAGUGGCAAUCCAUUGAUUAAUUUGGCAGGGCAACAACAACAGCAGCAGCAACAACAACAACAACAACAGCAGCAGCAGCAGAUUGCCCAGACUCAGAAUACCUUCAAAGUAAAGAGAAGGUGGGAUGACGAUGUUGUUUUCAAGAAUUGCGCCAAAGGAGUAGACGAUGCAAGGAAGGAGAAACGCUUCAUCAAUGACACACUUCGCUCUGAGUUCCACAAGAAAUUUAUGGAAAAAUAUGUAAAGUAAAGGACUGUCUGUUUUAUUCAUCUCAUCUCUUUGGUACCCGACCUACUGUUAGAUGGCAUUUAGAUACAUUCUGUACUCCAAUGCAUUAGUAUUUGUACACUCAACACAUACAAUCUUGUAUAUAAAUGAGUUGGUGAAGUAAUUCUUUUGAAUAAAGCUCAUAAAGGUUGAA